CAACGACAUCACCGAGCCAGGAACAAAAAUGUCGUCACAUCAACGGACCUUCUCCCACUCGCAAUCCCAAUCGGGGACGAGGGAAAAGACCUACUUUGAGCAGCAGCGCGAAGAACUCAUCGGCGAGAUCGCAAUGAGCUUUGAGCAAGUCCUUGCCAACAUCAACAAGCUGAAUCGAUCGCUCGAGGCAGUCAUCACGGUCGGAAACGAAUUCUCCUCCGUCGAAGCGCUGUGGUCGCAGUUUGAAAACGUAAUGGCAAAAGAGCCCGAGGAAAACAAGCAGGGCGAUACCGAGGAAGGCAGCGACGGCGAGACGAAGAACGAGCAAAGAUCAUGAUACCCCCAUAAG